AAAAAAAAAGAGGCACAUCACAUCAACUUCCCCGCUGUCAAUCAUUCUAAUAUCAAUCCUAAUCCUCCUGACGCCCUAAUUAUCACUGACAACCAUUGACAAUCCUUUCCCCCCUCCUCGAUCUGAAAAAGUCAAAUCUCCUAGGCCAGGGCCUUAACCACAAUGACCGCCCCCACCCACGACGACGAAGACCCGAUCAUCGCCUCCUACAACAUCUACCUGACGGACUCGGAGAUCUCGCGCUACGUGCUGCAGUACCUCGACCGCCCGACGGGGUACAGCUACGACGACCGCCACGGCCAGAAACCCACGGGCUUCCGGCUGAAGCCGACGACGGGGCUCGUCGAGGUCGACGUGCCCAUCAACACCCGCGUGAACUACGACGUCAGCAAGGGCUUGCGCUACGGCGAUGCGCUGAAGAAAUCCCAGCGCGCGCGGGAGGGCGGCGCCUAUGGCAUGGCGGGCGGGUUUAGUGCUGGGGGGAGCAGUGGUGGUGCUGGGAGUGGAGGGAAAGUGAAGAUAGAAGGUGGUGCUGGUGCUGGUCCGAUGCAGGUCGAUGAGGGGAAGGAGACGGCGGCGCAGUUGUUGCGGGUGCAGACGCUGGGCGGGCGGAUUAAGGGGUUUGAGGGUGGAGAUCCGGUUUAUAUGUUGGGGGCUUUUCGGGGGGAAAACCUCCAUUUGUCGCCGGUCACCGCGGUGGUGCAGUUGCAUCCCCAAUUGCAUCAUCUCGAUGCGUUGGAUGAGAUCCCGACUAAGGGAAAGGGCAAAGCGCGCGGCAAGGAAGGCGAAGAGGGGGAGCGGGCGGGCGAGAGUGAGGCCCGCGCCAUCGACGUCAAGAUCAAGGCGGCGGAGGACGGCGAAGCGGCCAUGGUUGCGGGCAACCUGGACCUCUUGAAGCAGAUGCAGGAUGAGAAGUGGAAGGAUUAUGAGUGGGUGGAUGCUGAGACCGAGGAAUCGUGGCAGCUAUACGAGAACUACAUGAUGCAUCAGGACGUCGAGACGCUGCCGCAGCUGCAGUCGGCCAUCGAGUCCGAGGAGUAUCUGGAUAAGAUGAGCGCGCCUCGGAUUGACCCUGCGCGGCCGGAGUUGACGGGUUGGGCGAUGAAACAGAACCGGAAGAAGCAGCGCGAGGAGGUAUUGCCCCGGGAGGGGACUGCUGGGGACGGUGGGCAGUAGUAGAUAGGGAUAUAUAGGUAGGCAGUUGACAGAUAGGUUACGACAGGGCAAUGACUUGCAUAUCUAUGGCUGGUAUAUCGUCUGUAGUAUAGAUACGGGACCUGCUCGCUCGAUUAUGAGGAUUCCGUAACAUGGCGGAAAUUCAUUGCCUUGCAUGCAAUUGUCAUUGUGAUGUCCCAACU